GCUGGGGUGGCAGCUGCCCCUGCGCGGGGGCGACGCUUGCGAUCGUCCUGGAGCCCGAGACUGUUGGGUUGUGUGUGCGGGUGGAGAGGACUCGGUGGCUGUGGGCGGUUGAGGGGCGGGUCGUGGCGCAGCUGGCCCCCUUGGAGACACCUCGGAUCACGGGAUGGAGGCGCCCGGCAGAAGGGAAUCUCGCCUUUGCGGGAAUGAAUGAAGAGCUAUGGAAGCGCCUUCCGACUCCUCCGGGCGAACGGAUUGGCCGGCGUGCGCGCGUGUGUAUGCGUGAGUGUUUAGGAUUCGGAGCCGCCAGGGUCCUGGGCGCGGCUGCUGGACCUUCCAGCCGCGGUCCUGGUACCCACGUUGCCCGCCCGCCCUGCGUCCGGGGUCUGCCUGAGCGGCUGGAGCAGCGGGUGUAGACUGGAGUCUGGGGCUCGGAUGCCGGCUGUUGGCGGCUGGAUGUCCACGCUUUGAGUAGAGAGGUUGAGAAGGAGGCGGCACAGGCUGGGGCUGGGACCUGGUCCUCGUGCCCCCAUUUUCCUGUUCCCCGAGGCCCUUCGCUGUGUUCACUCUGGGUAAUCUGAUGUCUUAAAGAUUUUGUUCCCCAUGAAGAGGAAACAUUUCAAAGGAACACAGGAUGUAAGAGAAGAAAUCUUCAGGGACUCUGCAUGGAUGGCACGUCAAUCCAUCUCCCAUUGCAUCGGCCAUGAACUCUUCUAAUCCUGUGGGUGUUUCUAUGUUUUCCAGUGAGAAUUCUUCCACUUCAUUUUGUGCCAUGGGAAAAACCUGAAGGACAGGAAGAAUUGCUCCCAACCUUGUGGCUUUUUUCAGGAUUGCAGUAGCUCUUACAGAACAUGACAACUGGAGAUCAUUCGUGUUGUCUUUUGGAAUUGAGCCAAAGAACGUGCUUCCUCAGUCUCUGGUGUUUUGGUGCUUGCUCCAUUUUAUGUCUGUUUCUGUUGCUUGUGCCUUUCGAUCAUCUUAUGUGAUCACGAGACGUCCUUGAAGUUUUCCAGUACGACUUGCACGCGUCUGGAUUCCUCAGGGGCUCGCUCAUGGCUCGGUGGGCCAGCGGUUCAAGGACAUUACCAUGAGGCACUGCAUUAACUGCUGCAUACAGCUGUCGCCCGACGACACACACCCACAGCAGGUUGGCUGUCGAGGAGGCCCCCAUCACGGUCACCAGGAGUGCCCUGCAUGCAAAGGAGAAAACAGAAUUGUGUUUCGAGUGGACGGUAAGCAGAUGAACUUGCUUGCUGUUCUCGAAGUGAGGGCUGAAGGGAAUGAGAGCUGGGGUGGGUUUUUGCGCUUCAAAAAGGGAAAGCGAUGCAGCCUUGUUUUUGGAUUGAUAAUAAUGACGUUGGUGAUGGCUUCGUACAUCCUCUCUGGGGUCCACCAAGAGCUUCUGCUCUCAUCGCCUUUCCAUUACGGAGCCUUCCCCAGCAAUCCCAGCUUGAUGGAUGGCGAAAAUCCGAGUGACAUGAAAGAGCAUCAUCACCAACCCUCUAUAAGUAAUAUUUCAUUAGUGAAAGACUAUCCAAGCAUUAAAUUAAUUAUCAACAGCAUCACGGCCAGGAUUGAGUUCACUACCAGACAGCUCCCAGAUGUAGAAGAUCUCAAGAAGCAGGAAUUGCAUAUGUUUUCAGUGAUCCCCAGUAAAUUUCUCCCCAAUAGUAAGAGCCCCUGUUGGUACGAGGAGUUCACGGGGAGGAACACCACCGACCCCUACCUGACCAACUCCUACGUGCUCUACUCCAAGCGCUUCCGCUCCACCUUCGACGCCCUGCGCAAGGCCUUCUGGGGCCACCUGUCCCACGCCAACGGCAAGCACUUCCGCCUCCGCUGCCUGCCGCACUUCUACAUCAUCGGGCAGCCCAAGUGCGGCACCACCGACCUCUACGACCGCCUGCGGCUGCACCCGGAAGUGAAGUUCUCCGCCAUCAAGGAGCCGCACUGGUGGACCCGGAAGCGGUUCGGGAUCGUCCGCCUAAGAGAUGGGCUGCGGGACCGCUAUCCUGUGGAAGAUUAUCUGGACCUCUUUGACCUGGCUGCACACCAGAUUCAUCAAGGACUGCAGGCCAGCUCUACAAAGGAGCAGAGCAAGAUAAAUAGAAUCAUUAUCGGGGAGGCCAGCGCCUCCACCAUGUGGGAUAACAACGCCUGGAUGUUCUUCUAUGACAACAGCACGGAUGGCGAGCCCCCCUUUCUGACCCAGGACUUUAUCCACGCCUUUCAGCCAGAUGCGAAACUGAUCGUCAUGCUCAGGGACCCCGUGGAGAGGUUGUACUCAGACUAUCUCUACUUUGCAAGUUCGAAUAAAUCUGCAGAUGACUUCCAUGAAAAAGUGACAGAAGCUCUGCAGCUGUUUGAAAAUUGCAUGCUGGAUUACUCACUGCGCGCCUGCGUCUACAACAACACCCUCAACAACGCCAUGCCGGUGAGGCUCCAGGUCGGGCUGUACGCUGUGUAUCUCCUGGACUGGCUCACUGUUUUUAAUAAAGAACAGUUCCUCAUUCUUCGCCUGGAAGACCACGCCUCCAACGUCAAGUACACCAUGCGCAGAGUCUUCCAGUUUCUCAACCUCGGGCCCUUAAGUGAGAAGCAAGAGGCCUUGAUGACCAAGAGCCCUGCGUCCAACGCGCGGCGUCCGGAGGACCGGAGCCUGGGGCCCAUGUGGCCGGUCACACAGAGGAUCCUGCAGGACUUCUACGGGCCCUUCAACACGCGGCUGGCGCGGGUUCUCGCCGACGAGGCGUUCUUGUGGAAGAAGACGUGAGGGCCGAGGGCUCGCUGCCGGCUCAGGCCGGGUUUCCGUUAUUUCCAUGAUUUGAAAUCUCUCUUGGUGGGGAUCCUUUUUGCUAAGAGAUUGGAGAAAUCCCCUCCCCAGGCACCUGCGUAUGGAAACCGUUUCAAAAUCUCGUUUGUGAUGUUAAACAGCCCAGCAAUGGUCCCUUCACCGAGUCUCAGAUGGAGGCUGUUGGAGAUUCCACUCGGGAAAGGGUCCCCUUCUGCUCCAAGAGAGACUGAGCUCCGGGAUGAGGCCGGCAGGCACUGGGCUCGGUGCCGAGAGGGAAGCACCGAGUCUGGGAUCCACUGGAGGCCCCACCCUGGGGCUGGCCAGGAUGAACUUUUCACACUGAGUUUUGAAACCCUCUGUGCAGAUCACUAACCUCAUUUGGGCAGAGAAUGGAAGCUCUUUUAUUUUUUUUUUCCCUUUUACCCCAAAGUCAGCCCUUCCGUCUCUUCAAAUAUAAACCCUGUUAACUUCACUCUUUAACGAGGGAGAAAGACCCAAGUCAGUUUUUGGCAGCACGUUCGUGUCUUGGUUGGACCUCCUCCCCGUCUGUCCUUGUGGACUUGACUUACGUUUAACAGAAGAUGAGCGUGUUUGAAACAGACCACUUUCUGCGUUUCAGUAGCUAGAGCUCUCUUUUCUGCCCCUUUAGGUGUUUUCUCAAAAGUUUUUUCAGUUUAUAAUUGGAAUAUAAAUUCAGUUUAAAAUUGGAAGGGAAAUUUUUGCUGUUAAUGCCAGACUGAGCAACUUGGAGUUGAUGGGAAAUCUGGGCACCAUCCAGGUGCCACGCACCCGAGGCCCUCAGAGACUGAGGGCUUCGGAAGUUUUAGUUGUGGGUGCAGCAGGUUGUUUGCUCUGCCUUCUUCCCAAACGAGCUUAUUACCCACAUUCUCCACCAUGUGUGGCCGGAGGUCGUUCCUCACUCCAUGAACUACAAGAUUCUGGUUUCCUGAUUCAGAAACACAUAAGCUAUGUAUGCUUGGGUGUGCUGGGAUUCGGAAGGAGAACGCCAGGAGCUGUGUUCUUGACGGAACUUUCUGGGCCACUUGGCUGCUUGGUUUACUGACGGACAGGCCAAAGGCCUUGCCAUUUCCUGGAGACGGUGGGAAAGCGUGAACACAUUCCUCACACACAGGCCCAGGCGGGACCCCCACCAAGCUUCGCGUGCAAGCGUUGUCAAGGGAAGCUUCCUGCCAGUCAGAGCGCUCAAGUGGAGAUCCCGGCGGUGCACCAGUCAGACAGCGCCAAUGCCUACAUGCCCAGCCGCCGCCGCUCAUGGGCGUGAGGGUUUGCUCAGCUGUCCGGCCCCGGCGCCGUGGUCUUUCCGCUGUCAGAGGUGCGAUGCUCGGCCUGUUCAACAGCGAGCGGAGGGCUCUCCCUGGCACGGCCGGGCUGUUUCUGCUUCUGAUGGAGCCGUGGUCCUGAACACCUGCUUUCAGGGACAGUCCGCCUUCCCUCCCGCUGUGGCACUCGGAGCAGCAGCCAGCAGGGAACCCUGGCCUGAGCACGAGGUGCUGGGGGGAGGCAUCGCUUGCGCGUGCGUGUGUAUUUAUUUGCAGGGCGGGUGCGUGUGUCGACGCGAGGGAGCAAUUCCAAGCAGGCCCCUUCGGUUCUGUUGCUGGCGGCCUCCCCCGCUCGGGACACAGCCCCUUCCUGGAUUUACUUCCCUGCCAAUUAGCUAGUCACCUGCAGCCCGUGCUUGCUCCUCCGCCCCGACCGUAACUACAACCGGGGCUCUUCCCGCGCACUCCUAGGCAUGUGAACAACAUGCGGCGUCAUUCUGCUUCUUACAGAAGUAAUACUGAAAGUCGUAUUUCCAAUAUUAUUUGGUUUAUUUUACAAAUCUUUUUAUAGACGCAGGCCCAUCCCUCGGUGCCAGUCAGCGCCAUGCAGACCCGGUUUCUCCGGGGGCCUUUCUCCAAAGGGCUGUCUGUCUGUCUGUCUGUGUGUCGCCUUUGCGUUCCUCCGCUCUCCCAUUCGAGGCCCCACUCCCAGUGACGGCGCAGCUGCCGUUUCCAGCGGGCGACCUCCAGCCUGUCGUCCCAAACCAAAGCGAAAUGAAGCAUUUCUCACAACCCGGUACUGAAGUUCCUUUGUGUCCCCAAAGCUGUGUAUCGGAUUGUAUUAAAUUGUACUCCCUUAGUCGUGUAAGGUAUGUUAAGUGAACCACAGUUAUGCUGUACUUUUAUUAAUAUUUAACAUAAUUAAAUGUGGACCCCUGUGACCGGGACCCCAGA